UUACUAAUUUCGAACGACCGAAUUACGUUCUUUUAGAAUAAUUUCGAAAUAUUUUCUAAUGUAUCCGUCAGAGGGUGUAAUUUUAGCUGUCAAUUUCGACUAAUGAAUCCCACAUGAUAUACCGAGCCGGCUUGUUGGAAGGAAGAUGUAAUUAAAAUUGAGAAAAAUCCAAACUUUUUAUAUUUUGAAAAGGUUGAAAAAUGAGAAGAUUAUACAAGGAAUAUCUUUUUAUAAUUAUAAUUUUUCAAAUAGUUACUAUAAUGAUUAAUGGACAUGUUAAUAUACAUCAACAGAAACAUCAUUAUAAUGUUAAACAACAUCAGCAUCAGGGAUCAGGCUCUCUGGGAAUGCCAUCGGCACCAAAUGAAAAAGACAGUACAUUAAUUAGAGAUAAAGCAAGAAUUCAAGACAAGGAGCACAUAAAAGAUCACUUGGAAGGUAUAGUUGAUGAACCCGACAUUAGCCACAUGUCUGAAGAAGAAUUACAGUUUCAUUACUUCAAAAUGCAUGAUAAUGAUAAAAAUAAUAAACUAGAUGGAUGCGAAUUAGUAAAAUCUCUUAUACAUUGGCAUUUAGAAGAGAAUAAGCAGAGUGGAAAUAAUCCUGCGACUCCAAAGAUCUUCUCUGACCAUGAGCUUGCGACGAUGAUUGAUCCGAUUCUUGAUAUGGACGAUCAGAAUAAAGAUGGUUUCAUCGACUAUCCAGAGUUUAUUGCAGCUCAACAGUCAAGAUCUAACUAAAUAAUUUUAUCUAGUCACAUUCUUAUUUGUUAUUUGUUUUUUUUAAAUAUUUAUUUAAAUUAUUUUAUUUAUUGUUAAAUAUUGCACACAUUCCAAUUCUUUAGGAGUCAAAAAGAUUUUUAUUUAUAUACAGAUUUAAGUUCGUAAUAUGUAUUAUAUUAUUAUUUUAGAACAAAAGAAAGUAUUUUUUGUACCUAAAAAAGUGAUAAAAAUGACAAUUGGCUUCUAAGAAAAACUGGAAUUUAUGAGUUAUUGUAUUUUUUAUUAAUUUGUUAAAACUACCAAUUUAUUAUUUUAAUGCAAAAAUUCAGAGCUUGUUAUCCUUGACAUGGCAUUAAUCAUUCAAAAUUCAACUCUGUAUAAUGUUCAUUGAAUAUUCAAUUCAAUUUGAUGUUGUUCCUUCAAAACUAGUCUUUCAAUAUGCAUUAAACUCAAAACUUAUUUUUUUGUAUUUGGAUUAUGCCACUUUAUUGACUCAUAUCAUACAAUUCCAAUUUUAUACCUUAACAAGAUAAACUGCCAAAUUAUUUAUACAGAUAGUUUUUAAGGUAUAAUUUAAUUAUUAAGUCAUUUUACAUUUAAAUAUAGGAGAUGAUCACUAUCAUGUUGAAAGUUAAUGAGUAGAAUUCAGAUUAUUUAGAAGCAGCUGAAAACAUAGUUUUACAUUGUACAUGAAUUAACUGAAUUAUAAGACAUAUAGACUGAUGGAUCACAUAUUAUUACAAUAUCCAGAAUGAAAUAUUAUAUUUACAAUUUAGACAUAGUUCAGUUCUUAAGUUCUGUUUGUAAAAUCCAUUUCUUCAGUUAUGUGAAUAAAAUAUAUUGGAGAAUGUUGGUCAGUACACAAAGUUUCACAUGCAUAAGCUUGAAAGGAGCACUACUGUCACAACGUGGUGAUCCAGACAUCCACUGCUGCAUGGUCUAGACUGCCAGGACCCCAUUUCUUGGGUCUGCUUGAUUGCCUGUCAUUAUUUCUUUGAACUUUUAUCUUUGUUGACGUUGAGGAUUGUGUGUAUGCUACAAAAGUGCCAGGCAGGAGAAUCCACAUUUGGCUCGAACAUGGGAUCAAGUACAGGCUGGAUAUACGUCAGGAGCAUAUGUGGAAGUGUAUUGGUUUAAUGUAGUAACUAAUUAUUUCAGACACACUUUCUAUUACCAUCACCUACAGUACUACAUUUAUGUUUCUUUAUCCACAAUUAAUCCACAAAAUUUAGACAUUCAAUGGGAAUACCUGUAGUAAUUUUAAAGAUAUUACAUAAAACAUUACAGUAUAGUCCUGCUAGUCCAAACACCACUAAUCCGAAUGUCUACCUAAUCCAAACAUGUUUCAAUUGGUGGAAAUGAAAUUUUUUAGCUCGCAAAAUAUGUGGUUUUUGUAUUUUCCAGUUGAAUUUAAAUGGUAUUAAUGGUACAGAAAGUUUUAAAAUUUCACAACAAAAAAAAAUUAUUUUUUAUUAUAGUGCUGUAUUAAUACUGUACAAAAUAAAUCAGUGUUUGACAUGGCCUAUUAAAAUGGCAGAUCUAUACUGUACUUACACACAAAAACAGAAACAAAAGUCAUUGAUGGUGUUGAAUCUAUAUAAACUGGACCUGUUUUACUGCUUGUUUCUGCAUUAUUUCAAUUAUUCAGCUAAUCCGAACAGAGCUCGGUCCCAAUUAGUUUGGACUAGCAGGACUCUACUGUACAAUCAAAUAUCCACUUCCCAGUUUUAAAAUAAUAUUAGAGCUAUUAAUUUUAUUAAAAUCUAGUGAUCUGUUUAUAAUUUAAAAACCAUAAUCAAAUUCCUGACAAAAUUAUGUUUUAUGAACUGGAAUGCAUAUUGGAAUGUUAAUUUACAGGGUGGUUCCAAAUGAGAGUGGAUUCCUAACAGGACAAAAAAUAAAAAUGGUCCCUAAUAAUGUCUGGAAAUGCACUAGUACCACUGGGUGUCACAAACUAUACAGGUUGCACAACAGUAUGGUAUACAUAUCCAAACAAUGUCCAGCAUCCACACAUUGCUCCAACGUCUGCUCAUCAGGAACUGGUUACAUUUUCCAGAUUCUCCAUAACUAAUAAUUAAGGGGUUGAAGUCUCCAACUGGACAGACCAUACAACAGCCUGAUCAAUCUGCAGAUGUCCAGAUAGUGCUGAAUGGGAAUACAGAAGUGGGUCUAUCUCGGCUCAGGUGCAUUUUUACACUGUUAAUAGGACCAUUUUUGUUUUUUUUAUCCUGCCAAGAAUCCACUCCUGAAGUUCGUCUCCAUGUUCAGAACCAUUUUGUUUAUUGGAAAUGGCUAGUUUUGAACAAUUUGAAUUUUAAAUUAAGAAGAAUUUAUGCUAAAUGAAAAUAAUAAGUUACAAAAAUUAUGUAUUUACUUUAGUCAGUUUAAUAAGAACAGCAUCAUAUAAUAAAAAAUCUCAUAGUGAAUAGGUUGAAAUUGUACAUAAGAUAAAGCAUUUAAUUGGAUCUUUGCAUAUCAGUGUACUAAGCAUUUCUGUGGUUAUAAAUUAUGUUAUGUUUACUCAAAGAACUCUGUACUUAGCCCGUAGACUAUUUAUGCAUCUUUCUUAGAUUUUAAGCUAAGUCUAGAAGUCAGAAAGGAUUUUAUCAUAAACAUUACUAACUCUGUGGUCAGUAUAAUAUUAGUAUUGGACAUUCCAUCAAAUUGUAAGUUGCUCAAAGAAAACAUUAAAUUUGUAAGUACUUU